AUCCCCAGUGGCCAGCAUCCGAGCCCCACGGCAGCCAUCAGCUGUGCCCCUGGAGCCGACAGACCCCACAGACCCCACCUGAGAUGUUUUCUUCUGCUUGCCGGAGUCUGCCUAUAACCCUCCUUGCCCUGCUCUGCUGCUCAGGGUCUGGUAAGGCGUUUGAGGUCUACGUAUGGUCCGAGAAGCAGGUAGUGGAAGCCACAGAGUCUUGGAAAGUCAACUGCAGCACCAGCUGUGAAAAUCCGGAAAACGGUGGUCUGGAGACCUCUAUGAGUAAGAUAAUGUUGGAACAGCACCCUCAAGGGAAGUGGAAACAGUUCUUAGUCUCAAACAUCUCCAAUGACACGAAUAUCCUCUGCCACUUCACCUGUGAGAAGCAGCAGCACUCUACGAAUCUCAACAUCACAGUAUACCAGCCUCCGUCUCAGGUCAUCCUGAAGUUGACGCCCUCUCGGGUGGUUGUGGGUGAAGCCUUCACCGUUGAGUGCAGAGCAGCAGCCGUGAAGCCCCUUGGGAGCCUGACCCUCACUCUGCUCUGUGGCAGAGAGACCCUGCAGAACCAGACCUUUGAGGGAACUGAACAUGAGGCCAUAGCCAUAUUCAACAGCACAGCUCUAACAAAGGGUGGUCUCAACUUCUCCUGCCAUGCUGAGCUGGACCUGCGGCCCCAUGGUGGGUACAUCAUCCGCACCAUCUCAGAGUACCAGAUCCUUGAGGUCUUCGAGAUUAUAAACAACAACCCGAUGGUCAUCAUAAUCGUGGUGGUGUCAAUACUCCUGUUCUUAUUUGUGACAUCCGUCCUGCUCUGCUUUAUCCUCGGCCAGCACUGGCACAGGAGGCGGAUGGGCUCCUAUGGGGUGCUAGCUGCAUGGAGGAGGCUGCCCCGAGCCUUCCGGCAACGUCCUGUGUGAGCUGAUGUUGCCGGGUCCCUGGUGGCUGCUGGAACUCAACAUGGCACCCCCAGGGUGUGGUCCAGCACAGGCGAAGGACUGUGGCAGCAGCCCAAGGCUCUGGGGACAUUUCCUUGUUUGAGCCUCAAUACAAACCCCUGGAUUUCA